GACUCGAACACGUGACUCUGAUACUGAGCAGUGUUGCCAGGUCCUUGUCUUGGCUAUGUUGUGAAAACCUGGCAACCCUGAACAUGUUUUGCCUGCUCGACAGGUGCCUCGAAGCUUCAGUGUCAUACAUAACACUACUAACGCUGACCUAUUAAUGAUUAAUGUGCGGCAGUGAUAAUUCACAGACAGGUUUGGUUGUGUCUGUUCAUUCAGGUCUCAGUACAGUAGGCUGGAGUGCAUUUGUUGGUCAGUAUGUUGCAGUUGAGCUGAGAGAUGAAGCGUGUGAAGGUGCUCGUGGUUGGAGCAGGUGUGGUGGGUUUAUCCACCGCUGUGUGUGUCGCUGAGACGCUUCCAUAUUGUUCUGUGACUGUCAUUGCUGAGAAGUUUUCACCGGACACCACCGGUGAUGGAGCUGCAGGAAUCCUCUUACCCAAAGAGUUUCCUGACAUCCCUCUUGAACGGCAAAAGCGUUGGUUCAAGGAGUCAUUCGAUCAUCUUCUGGCCAUUGCAGAUUCCCCUCAAGCCUCAGAUGCUGGCGUGUACUUGAGCUCCGGGUACCAGAUUUUUAAGGAUAUUCCCAGCGACAAAAAGCCCUUUUGGUCAGAUUAUGUAUUUGGAUUCAGAUACAUGACGGAUCGUGAAAUGAAGCGUUUUCCUAAUCAUAAGUUUGGUCAAGCGUUCACCACAAUAAAGUGUGAAUGUCUGAACUACUUGCCAUGGUUAGAAAAAAGGUUUAGAGCAGUUGGAGGUCAGAUCAUACAUGAGAAGGUGACUGAUCUUCAUAAACUGGCCCUGAAUUACGAUGCCAUCAUGAACUGCUCAGGCCUCGACUCUCGUUUUCUGGUGAAGGAUGAGGAGGUCUAUCCAAUACGAGGACAAAUUCUGAAGGUUAGCGCUCCUUGGCUGAAGAACUUCAUCCGAGAUGGAGAUGGCAAUACCUACAUCUACCCAGGCAUCAGGUACGUCAGCAUCGGAGGCACGCGGCAGGCGGAAGACUGGCGGCUGGAGGUGGAUAAGGAGGACAGCGAGGGGAUCCUGGAGCGCUGCUGCCGGCUGGAACCGUCUCUGCGAGGGGCUCAGGUGAUGUGCGAGUGGGUGGGGCUGCGGCCGGGCCGGGCGAACCCGCGAGUGGAGCACGAAUAUCUGCAUUUACAGGGCCGACAGGUGCCUCUGGUGCACAACUACGGUCACGGUGGCUGUGGUGUUACUCUGAGCUGGGGAACGGCUCUGGACGCGCUCGAUCUGCUGAGACAGAGUCUGUUUGAAAAACCACCUCAAGCCAGACUGUGAACCUGCUGUCGUACUCUUACACUGAUGCUGCUGUACAUUGAUAUUUUUGCAUGUUCUACUGAUGAGAAAUUAUACUUUAAUCUUAAAAACAGAUAAAUUUGUCAUAAUUUUGCAUCUAAAAUGUUUAACAAUUUCUGUAUUAUUCAUUUUGUUUGAUGAUUUCUACUUGCCACUAAUUAGUAGGUUGUUUUCAAUAUGGAAGUAGAAUUUAUUGUUUACAGAAUCUAAAUCUUGAGCAAGAUAAAUUAUGUAAAUUGUUUGAUGUUGAAAGGAAUUUUCAUAUGCUAGUUUAAUAUGCUGUUUGAAAAUUGUCUUUAUUUUUGCAUUUCUGCUUGACCAUUUUUAACUAAUGUUUGAUCUGAUUGUCAGUGUAACACCAAAUAUACCAGAAUAUUGUUUUGACAAGAAAGUCAUUGAUAACGUUA